UUUACUCUUCUCUCGGUGUAGCCCUCGUACCUUGUCCAUCAACAGCUUCUAAAUGAGGAACAAAUAAGACGGAGUUUUUGUUUCGUAGUUUAAAGAAUAAACAUCCUCUGGCGGUCUCUUUUCGUUCACGAGCUGGGAAAAAUCUUCAAGGACUCGCAGCCGGACCCCACACUUGCUUUGAAAUUUCCACGGAGCUCGUCGUGGGACUAUUUGUGGACCAGCCCUGUUGCGUUACGUUUGGGGAAGUUGCUCAAUAUUGGAAAGGCACAUUUCCCUUCACUGUAAGGGCCAAAUAUUGAUGUGCUGCUUAUCUGGUUAUAGCAGCGGUGUCUCCGCACUUCCUUUACCUUUGGAUUUUGUCAACAUGACGGUCAGAUAAAAUCAAAUUAUCAGAUAUCACCAGAAACUCUUUGUCGGGAUGAGUAGUUCUUUGACUUCCGCUUCUUACAUUCGCAACAUCAGUUACGGUCUACGCCGCCAGCUGUCCGACUUUCUGGACCCUCAGGACAGGUGGAAGGAUGUGAUCGUGUCCAUACGGAAGCCGAGUGGGGAGCCGAGGUACUCCCAGCUUCACGUCAGGAGGUUUGAAGGUCUUGUGGCGCAGGGGAAGAGUCCCACCGUGGAGCUGCUGAAUGACUGGGGAACCACCAACUGCACAGUGGGAGAAUUGGUGGAUAUUUUGAAGAGCCGCAAUUUGUUGGCUGCUGCCCGUCUCCUGCUACCUUGGGAAGAAUAUUCAUCGGCAGAGACACACCUGCUUCCUUUACCACUACCUCCUGACAGAGACCCUCCAACCAGGCCACUGGGUGAGACCCAGAGUCAGCCUCCACCCGCCGGAUCAGCACCGGAGACACAAGUACUGAGCGAAAACAGUCAAACAGGACACACAGGCGUCUCCAGUUUUAUGUACAGUGAGCUGAGGAAGAUCACGGGCAACUUUGACGACCGGUCCGUCUCAAGCGGCGGCAGCCGACUCGGAGAGGGGGGCUUCGGCACCGUGUACAAAGGCUUCUUGAACAACAGAGCUGUGGCGGUGAAAAAACUAAACCCGAUAGAUGACAUGCCUCUGGACAAGCUGCAAGAUCAGUUUAACCAAGAGAUUCAGACUCUGAAAGUGUUGAAACACGAGAACUUGGUUGACAUGGUUGGAUUCUCAUGCGACGAGCAGCAGAUGUGUAUAGUGUACGCCUUCAUGGCCAACGGAUCUUUGCUGGAUCGACUCGCUUGCUUGGACGGUAGUCCUCCACUUUCCUGGCGACAGAGGUGCUUGAUCGCAGAAGGGACUGCUAGAGGUUUGGAGUACCUCCAUAGCAACCAUCACGUACACAGAGAUGUUAAAAGUGCAAACAUCCUGCUGGAUGAGAACUUUGUGGCGAAAAUCUCCGACUUUGGGCUGACAAGAGCGUCGGCCAAGCACACGUCUACGACGAUGAGGACGGACAGGAUCGUGGGGACCCGUGCGUACAUGGCCGCUGAGGCUCUGAGGGGAGAGAUCACCCCAAAAUCUGACGUGUUCAGCUUCGGAGUGGUGCUGUUAGAAAUAUUGUCUGGACUUCCGCCAGCUGAUGAAAACAAGGAGCCCCAGUUCCUGAUGGAUAUCAGGGACGACAUCGAUGAUGAAGACGAAGAUCUGACCCUGGAGCAGUUUUUGGACAGGAAGAUGACAGACUGGGAGCUGAGCCAGGUGGAGAGCAUCUACUGCUUGGCUUCCAACUGCUUGGACGACAGGAAAAACAGGCGGCCGUUCAUCAAACAGGUUGUUUCAGAGAUUCACAGCGUCGUCAAAAGCAUCUCGUUGGAAUCGUAGGCAUGGAGGGAAACGAGAGGCUCACAUUAACGAGUCAGAGUCUGUUCCAAACUAAAGACUGACAAGUUUUCUGCCUUUUGACUUUAAAAAGUUCCUUAUUGACUGUAAGAAAGAGAUCUAGCAUUAAAACAUCUUUCCCUACUUGAUUUAUAUUCACGAAAAUUUGAAGAGGAGCCCCAACAGGACAUAUGAGCUCCGCUACACAGAUAUUUAGCCAUUAGCAGGCAUAAGCCCAUCUUACAGCAUUAGCUCCAGUCAGAGGCAUCGCCAGAUUUGUUGCAAGACUGACUGCUACUGGAGAUCCUUCCCAUCCACAGCAUCUCAUCCAUGACUUCUUAAAGAUACUUGGAGGAUAUGAGUUGGAAGAAAACUGAGAACAUUUUAAUAAAUUUUUUUUAAAUUUCCAGGCUAAAUUUUUGUGUUAUAAAGUAAAAAGUCGUUUUAUUUUUGAAGAAAUAAAAAAAGGACCAAAAUUGUCUGAUUUAAAUAUUUUAUUUUUCAUCUUUAAAAGAAAAAUUUGUAAGAAAACAAAGAACAAACAUUAUUCGUUUUCUCUAAUGACAAUGAAUAUAAAGGGAUUUUUUUUUUCCCCUUCACAUGAGGUGAACUAAGUAGUUUGCCAAAUAUUAAUCAGUAGACCAGUGGAUGAGGCAAUGUUUCCGUCAAGGUAGUAUUCCCUUUUCUAUCCGAUAAGAGCUUGGCAUUCCUUCCUCUGUGGGAACCAGGUUUUUAUUCGCUUCCUCUCGGUGAAAUGCGAGAUGUACAAGAUAGAUGGAAUAUUUCUGGAAGCCCGGUCUUUUCCACUGAAAUCCACACCGACAAUCACCAAAAACGGACCGCUUCUUAAUCAUAGAGCAUCACACAGCUACAAUAUGUACAUUUACAGCACUUGCAUAGAAAAAUAAGUUUCUCAGCAGAUGAUUUCUUUUUUUUUUUUUCUUCCCCCAUGUAAACCACAGUUAUA